UGCUUUGCGUCGGCCGACGGGUAACCAGCCGUGGGGUCACCAGAUAAAUUAUGUCAAACGGAGUAGUGUUACGAACGUGAACGAUUAUCGGGAUUCGCUGUGCUCGCAUACGAAAGUCGCAAAGUGCGCGCUCAUAUACGAUUCAAGUGUGGUGCCGAUGUAAUUCCAGACUGGUUUGUCUCAUAGACUUUUGUUAAAUAAGUGAUUAAUUUUGAAUGAUCGUGCACAAACGUGUGCAUUUGUAUUGUCUCUUCGUAUAAAUGCACGUAUCUGCUUUUAUUUCUUUGAAAAAAUCAUGCUGACCCGGCAACAUCAACUAUUGCAGGGAAUGUUAACAGCCGAUUUUUCGCAGCGAGCAAACGGUCACUCGAAAAUGGGGUUGAAACGACGACGCAACAAAGCAGAGCACCGAUGAAGUGAUUAAUUCGAUCGCGAGUGUGGGUGUAGAAGAAAAUGAUGACUGCCAUGGCCAGAUUACCUUGCAAGCAGACUUCGCCUUCGCAACAGCCGCGAGUCAAUAAUUUUGGGAACAGUCGAAACUCUUACUGGAACAUGCAGACCAGGCAUCCAGCUCCUCCAUACGUCAGGAAUCAUCAACGACACACUGAUCAUACCGGGAAGCGGAAGAGCGCGGUGGAACUGCUCCAGGAGACGAAGGCGUUCUACGUGAAGAGCGAGACCGUGCUGGACCGGAAGCAAGAGCUGAAGAACAGUGGUCAUCUUCAGGUCUCGCAGCUGAGCGCUCCGAGCGCGCCUCCAAGGCUGCUGAGGAAAUGCGGGAACACGUCGACCUGUUCGAUGCAACCGACGUCGCCGUCGCAGCUGCCACCUGCCCCGAUGACGCCACCUUGUUGCUGGGCAUCGUGCCACGAACAGGACAGGCCGGACGGAAUUCUGAGUCCUCAACAAACACUGCCACCCGCACUGCCACCGAAGAGUCCACGUCUGGUUCCUGUUCCGCAGCGGCGCACGAUUUCAGGGCCGCCGAGCAGCACCGGCGGAGAUCAGCUGCAGACGAAAUUACGUCGGUUGUUAAAUACCGAUAGCAAGGAGAACGUAUUCUUUCCUGACAGUCCAACGCAGACGAUCAUCCAGGCGAAUGGUAUCCCACAGGAGGAGAAAUUCCGAUAUUCUCCUGGCAGUCUGUCACCUAAUCUUCGCGAGGAAGACCGCAUAAAGCUCGGUGUAAUACAUAUAGUUCGUGUUCGAGCGAAGAUCGACCACUGCUCGCAAGAUGUUCGUUUCAAGUUUGGCCGCAGCAAUUCACAUUCGCAUACAUCCGGAAGAACCGGGAGGAAGUCCACCAGCUCGCAGUCGGUGGAAAACACCGUGUGUCACAAAUCUUUGCCUGACCUCCAUACUAGCACGCGACGACGGGCGUCCCUGUCGCCACGUGCAUCGACCAAAUCAUCUAAGCCAUCCGGCCAUCAUCAAUCUUCGAGCAAUUGCCCAGAUUGUGAAACUAGUUCGGAUUAUUCAGAGCACAGUUUCAAACGAGAUGCAGUCUGUUAUCGCAGUUAUUACUAUUCCAGUUCUAGACACAUCAGACGUUCGUUAGGUUCAGGUGGUGGUGAUGCGAGUAGCGUAUUAUCUGCCGGUGGUCGAACGCAAAAGUCAUCAGGUUCCAGCAAGCUAAGUCAUGGAGCGACUGCAAGAGACUCCGGAGGAUCGUCCGGACAUUGUACACCUCGUAGCGAACCUCCGCCAGUAAUACAGGAUUGCUGGAGUCAUAUACGUCGUGACAGCGGUGCAUCUACUCAACACUCGACGGAAAAAGAUCGUUCAAGAAGAGGUAGUUACGCUAACGGUACCCCACCAUCUGUCGUAAGGCGAUACAGUCCUGAUUCUGAGAGCAGCAACAGUCAAACGGAUUAUAGUCCGACAUGCAACUCAAGGUUUUCCGACGGCUGGAAAGAAGGUCGCGGCCGACCAAUUCUGAGAUCGAAAUCGGACAUUAGCGAUCGUUAUUGGCGUCAGGAUAAUGGUCGAUCCAAUAAAGUACCUGCACGGCCUCCUCGGUCGAUCACCCAACUCGAGAACUUCUUUGACUGUUUAGGUCUCGAUUCGGAAAAUUAUCAACGUAUCACGAAACCAGAUUCAAAGUCGUCGUCUCCUGUAUUUUUUGAUAGCGUUAGCUCGGUCGAUUCAGCGUUAGGUCUUUACUCGUGGGCUGGGAACAACCAAACGAAUCAGAGUAGUCAAUGGCAGAACAAUGAUUGCAGUGUCGGUAUGGGUAACGACGAUUCCAACCAGAGGGUUAACGAUCCACCGAGCAUCGUCGAACGUAACGCUCGAAUCAUUAAAUGGCUCUGUCAGUGCCGAAAAGUGCAGUUUGGAUUUAGUUAAGCAACGUGUUUAGGAAAAGGACAAUCGAUUCUCCAAUCUCAGUAACACGCAUUCAAGUCAACGAAAAUAAGAGUUUUUCAUCUUGCCAACGAUUUAUCCUUUCACGACUCACGGCAACCUUUGCAUUUAAGUUGGCUAAAAAAACAGCACGUAUGUAAGAGAGUACAUUUUUCCUGCUUUUUAUCCAGUUACUAAUGCUACAGCGAAUAGCCUGUUAAUUUAUCUUCCUUUUCUUUUUCUUAUUUCACAAGCAUAUGUGCCAUCUACUUACCUAUAUAACUUGUUGUGCAUUUGUGUCGCACCUUUAGAUCGUCAUUGAAACCCUUUGAUGUGAGAUUCUGUUUUCAUCGAUAUGUUUUUGUCAAAAUUUGUGUAUACCAUCGUAGAUGGUAGAAGUUGAUUGUAUGACAGUAGAGAAUUAUUUUCAUACGUGUAGCCACAUACGUAGCUUUCUGCUUGUUUAAAUAAUUUUGUUUUUAGUAAAUCAGUUUAUUGUCGUAUGUUAGCACUAUUGAAUUUACAACGAGUUUAUCAUCACACAAACCUACCGUUCUUUAACCGUUUUUCCACGAUGUUGUGGUCUAUUGGUCACUGAAGUUAUGUAUAAAUAGUAUGGAGUUUAUUGCACUGUUUUGCCUUAAACUUAAGUCUUAAAUUAGUCGUUGCUAAAUUUGAUUGUUAUAGUCUCUCUUGUGACAAUGCCAGCGGAUAACCGGCAUUUAUAUUAGGAAAUAGAUAUUUCUUUCUCACGUCCUUAUUUUUCAUGCCACGCAUUUUAAAUAUUGAAUACAUUAAUUAAUGCUAACAUUAUUUUUCAAGCAAUUUGAUAUUGAAUGCUAACUGGAGAUGUGGUCGAUCUUUCUGGUUAAGUAGGAAUUGAAUUGAUGGUAUUACAGUUACGUCAAAAAGUCAAGUUUUUAUCUUACAAUGCAGAAAAUACUUACUAUGUUUCUCCAGUAGCAUUAUUAUUACAAUAGUAUCGAUUCAAUCACAUUAAUGUUUUCGCUGGUGGUUCUAUAUCGUUAUAUUAAUCUGUAUUGAGCUGCAUUGUAGAAGUAAUAUUGGUACAAAACAAAACUGUAUGUGAUUUACAGAAUUUUUAAGGACUUUUCUCUGUAAAACUUUUCGCCAAUGGAAUUUAUAUAAGGAAUUUCACAGAA